AUGGGCCGAGACCGGCAGAGGUCACGCACGAUCCGCCGAGGCGUAGGUGUGGACUUUGGCAGCGCCUACCUCGGCCUCGCGGACCUGAAGUACGCCGAGCUGCAGAACACGACCUUUCGUGCCGCCACCGUCACCGACGCGAGAUUCGACCACGCAAACGUGUCGGGCGCCGAUUUUACGGACUCGGUCGGCUUGGAGAAGGCGUGGUUCGGGAAGGUCGUCGGCUCGCCAAGGCUUGGGGGGUAUUCGGUGGUCAUAGGACCCGGUCCCAAAUGGUCUGUCUCGAAGAUGACCGCCCUUGUCGGCGCGACGCCGACGGCGAUCCCGAUCGCCGGCUGA